AUGACCCCGCGGGGCACGGCGUGCAGCGUGGAUGGUGGAGGCACCGGCGGUUGCGGCGGAGGGGAAGGCGCCGGCGGAGUCGCUGGCGUCGCCUGCGGCGGAGUAGAUGGCGCCGGCGGGUCCACAGGCGGUACUGGUGUGGGAGGCGCCGGCAUGGGAGGCGUCGAUGUCGGGGGUGAUGCAGGGGCAGGCAUCCUUGUCGUUGUGGCCGCAGUGGGUGCCGGUGAGGAUGCGUACAUGGAGUCGAGCUUGGCGAAGAUCUCGGCGACGAUGGAAGAUGCAGUCGCAGGCCGUGCUGAUGUUGGUUCGGCGGCCGGUGCAAACUUGCGGUUGAUGGCGGCAACAAAUCCUGCCCACGAAGCCCAGGAGUACCACUGA